AUGAAGUGCGAUCGGCAGGUGCCUUGUGCACACUGCGUGCGGCGCCGGUGCUCCGAUAUAUGUCCCGACGGCGUACAGACCGACGGUCUCCAGCUAUUGUCGGAGGCGUCCAAUCGCCACCGCCACCGCGGGCAGGCCAGUGAUGACCACGACGGUACCCCCGCCGUUCAGUCACCUGCACGCGCCUCAACUUCACCACCUCGCUCUGCAUCGUCGUCCCUGCUACCCAUCAUGCCCGGGGUAACAAUUCCUGCAGUCGUGCCCGAUCUUGUGCAAUCUUCCUCCACGAACUCACCAAGCUUCUCCUUUCUCGACCCCGCGUCAUGGCGCAGCGUAGACUCUGCUGGGGCUCAGCUAGCCGCUUCUCAUGAGCAAGACGGCUCAGGCACGCUCCUGAUGGCCAACGGUGGGCGAUCCAAGUAUCUUGGCCCUAAUGCCUCCAGCGAGUGGCUACGCGAUCAAGAGACGCGCGAGCCCGACGAUGUUCCGGCGCCCUCACGAGUUCCAUCACCAAAGGAGUUACAUCUCCCCGGCCUCAAUCCGUCAUUUCCCUUUCUCGCCGCGGCGCCGACGACGAUGGCGUAUCUUACGUCGAAGCUGCCGCCUCGCGAGGAGGCCAAAGCUCUUGCUCACGCCUACUUUCGAUACUUCGCCUGGCAAUACGAUGUGGCCCCAAGAGCAUACUUUGAGCCGAUCUUUGAGCGCGUCUACGCUGCUGUCGAGAGCAAUAACCACGCGGUCAACCCACAGCAACUCGCCUUGCUAUUCAUUGUCUUCGCUAUGGGUGCACUGUACAGCCUUGAGCUUCCGCCCAAUGAUCCGGCCGCAGCCGAGUACCACGCUUUGUCAAAGGCAUGCUUGGUCAAGGGCAAUUUCCUCGUCAACACCGCUAUCUCGGGAGUCCAGACACUUCACAUUAUGGCACAUUUCCAUUUAGAAACAGAAGAAGGAAGGAAUGGUGACCCUGCAUGGCCGCUGUGGGGCUUAGCAAUGCGUAUCGCCCAGGCCAUGGGGUUGCAUCGUGAUGGAGAGUCAUGGGGGCUGCCACCAGACGUCAUCGAAGAGAGACGACAUGUGUUCUGGGAAUCGAAUGCCGCCGACAUCUUCCAGGCCAACAACUUCUGUCGCCCAUGUUCCAUUUCGCCUGACUACGUCGACACGAAGCUCCCAAAAGAGAAGAGCUCUGUCGUUAAUGAUGGGCGAGGUUAUUUUACUCUCAAAUGGGAGCUUGCGGUGAUCUGUGGCCAAGUUCUGGACCUCAGCAUGAAAAUCAAGAAGCCGCUCGAUUCCGGUGUCCCAGGUUUGCACCGUCGACUGACUGAAUUCGAGAGCAGCAUUCCGUACCCUCUACGUUGCCGCUCGGCUCUCCUCGCUUUGCCCUCUCGGUACGCCGACUCUGAGUCAGCAAUCCGCGACAGUCCUGAGCAAUGCACUCUCGCCAUUAACGUCUCUGAAGCCUUCCUAUUCCUGCAUCGCCCCAACUUUGUGAAGGUUCUACGAGAACAGCAUGACGACCCGACGAAGUCACCGUAUGCGCAGUCCUUUUUCUCAAUUCUUGAGCGCUGUAAUGUCAUGAUCGUAGUCGCCGCCACUGUGCACAGCCUGUUCCCUGCCAUUGCUGUGCGGCACUGGUUCUUCUGGCAUCAUACCUUUAACUCAGCCGUAACAAUGGGCACCCUCAUCAUCCGGAACCCUCAGAACACCUUGGCACCCUACGCUUUGACUCUUAUAGACUCAACCAUCCUACUCCUCUCCCGCGUGAUCGUUUCCUGGCCGUCGCCCCGCAUGGCGAAGAACCUCAAAUGGUUGCAUCGCUUGCGUGGUCGCGCAGCAGCCAAGCUGUCCGCUGUAACCCCGAAUCCGAACCCAAACCCCGCACCUGCGGCCGGAACAGACAGCGUCUCCGCGUCGGAUGACGAAGAUGUUGAGCUCGUCGGCUGGUGCACGCGUCUUGUGCAGCGGGGUGCCACCGGCUCGCAGACGGUGCGGACCAUUCUGUCAAAGUCGGCGCCGUCUCCUAAUGUGUUUUCAUCGCCCAGCACUGAGCUCGGUUCCCUCCUCGACGCGGUCAUUCGCAACGCCAAUGUUGAGGGGGGAGUGGGUGGGUCUCAGAUGCCCAUUACGUCGCCGAGCCACACGGACCCCAACACCGACACUCUCCUUCAUGAGUUCUGGGAUCCGAUGCUCAUGAUGGUGCCGUCAGACAACCUCGGUUUCACUUCCGGUGCAGAUUCAACGUGGUGGGAGUUUGACGCUGGAUCCGGGGCGCUGCCGGAACAGACUGAAUAG